AUGUCAGAUAGUGAAGAAAGUGACGGUGAUGGUGGCCAAGGUAACUUGAAUCGUUUAAUCGUCCGUCCUCCGGGCACUAGCGGUAAAGCCAAGCGUGGACAACUCUGUUUCGACGCUGCUUUCGAGUGUGGUAACUUAGGCAGAGCUGAUCAUAUCACUGAACUGGAGUAUGAUUUGUACAUCAGGCCUGACACGUGUAGACCAAGAUCCAGGUUCUGGUUUAACUUUACUGUUGAAAAUGUGAAACAAGACCAAAGAGUUAUUUUUAAUAUUGUUAAUUUGGGAAAAGAGAUGACUCUAUUCGACACACAUAUGACGCCGCUUGUGCGAUCUACAUCACGGCAAAAAUGGCAAAGGCUACCGAGGCGGCUGAUAUUCUACCAUCGCUCGGUGCUUCAUAGAGGUCGUAAGAUACUGAGCAUUGCCUUUGCUUUCGAUCGUGAAGAAGAUGUGUACCAAUUCUCAGCGGCUGCAUCCUAUUCCUACUCUCGUCUUCAGAAGCACUUGGCGGUGUGGGAGAAACGUGCACAGGCGUUCGCUACCAGGAAAUCUAUAGCUCAGAGUACUCAAAAACGUCGUAUCGAUCUACUCACAAUCGGCGACGUUAACGUAAAUGAAAAAUUUAAAGAAGAUAAAGAAGUUGGCGGUUUAAAGGUCAAGAUGGCGGCACCAAAGAAACGAGUUGUACUCGUUAUAGCAAGAACACAUGGAGGAGAACCUCCGUCAUCGUUUAUUUGCCAAGGAUUCUUGGAUUACUUACUCAGCUCGUCCGAAAAGGCAGUGGCUCUGAGAAACAAUAUCGUAUUAGAGGUGAUUCCUAUGCUGAAUCCAGACGGAGUAUUUCUCGGCAACCAACGCUCAGACCUGCUUGGCUCCGACCUGAACCGCUGUUGGAAUAGAGCUACCAAAUUUGCACACCCCGCCCUUAUUGCCGUUGAGGAACUUGUACAGAAACUUGCAUCAGAAAAGCAUGUGCAAUUGGACUUUAUCAUUGAUAUACACGCAGAUAUCAGCCACGAAGGUGUGUUUGUGAGAGGUAAUUCUUUUGAUGAUGUUUACAGGUUCGAACGUCAGGCGGUGUUACCAAAGUUCUUUGGGACGCGUAUCGAAGCAUGGAGACCCGAAGCCUGCCAUUUCAAUGCGGACCAGGUGGUGGCCGGGAGUGCGCGUCGCGCGCUUCAAACCGGCGCAAUAGACGCCUACACACUGAUAGUGUCGCUAGGAGGACGUAAAUUAUCUCCGAGAGGACCUUAUAUUCACUACACUGAAGAUGCGUAUGGUAAAGUUGGUAGAUCCUUAGCAAAAGCAUUAUGCGACUACUAUCGACAUGUGGGUGUCAUUCCUCCGCGACUGGGAAAAACUAAGAAGAAGGAGCAACGGAGCAGGCGGCGACGGAGACGCCCCGUUAUUGAACGAGAGAGGUCUCCUAGUUCUUCCCCCGAGCGUCGUGUUUUGGUUACCCGUGUGUUAUCACCCCCGCUGCCGAAAAUUUCCCCGCCAACCAUACAAGCUCUUGCACCAAAACUAACUCGCCGCCCCAUGCUCAAAUCAAGACGUCCACGGACCGUACCAAACUAUGACCAUGUGUUGCCAGUAAUCACAGGAACUGCAGUGAAAACUCCUCGGUUAGCAGUAGUAGACAUGAGCGCUUACAUUCGUACCCCUGCCGACCACAUCAACCAACGGAUGGAGAAGAUUCAGUUAAGGAUUUCGAGACCACCACGCCCCUCUCAACCUAGAUUUACAAGCGACGAAUACGAUACACACGAGUCUGAUUCUUACUAG